UCAACAGUCAACUCAGGCGCUCGCGCCGCUGCCUUCUCCGUGGGCUUAGUCACGCGGCCGUCGGAGCGCAAUGGAGUCGCAUCUCAUGAAGAUCCUGUGCGGCAACAAGGGGGCCAUGGACUACGAGGAGCUGGUGGACAUCGGCGCGGGACUCCUCGACCUGCAGGGGCUCUUCGAGGUGGUGUUCGCGAACGGCGCGCUCUUCCCGCUGGUGGACGUCGGCGGCGCGAGGCGCGUGGUGGCGCGGACAAGCGCGAGGCUGUGCAGGGCGCGCGACUGCGGCGGCUGCGCCAACCUGCACCUAUGCAAGUUCUACCUGUACGGGGAGUGCAGGGCGAGCAGGUCGAGACGCGGAUGCAGCUACUGCCAUGACCUGAACUCGGAGAACAAUGCCUGGGUGCUCAAGGAGAACCACCUGGAAAUGCUGGACAGCGUGGAGCUGUGUACGCUGCUUCUCCAGAAUGACAACACGCUUCUGCCCCCGGUGUGCGUCUCGUACAACGAGGGCUCCGGGCAAUUCGGACGCUGCCCCGAGCAGGAAAGCUGCCGGAGGCUCCACAUCUGCGACAAGUACAUCCGAGGGACCUGCGGGGCAGGGGCAGAUUGUCCCCGAGCUCACGACUUUUUUGAACCCCACCCUCUGAAUACCCUGAGAGAGCGCGGCAUACCCAACGAGCUCAUGGCCUCCAUGUUCUCCGUGUACCAGAACAUCCAGGCCAUGAAAAUGAGCAACAGCAAAGCACCCCGAAGUGCCAGCGCAGCACCGAAGAAAGAAAUGACUGAAAUCUGUCUGUACUUUGUCAAGGGUAGCUGCAGACAAGGAGACAAAUGCUGGCGGAUCCACUUCAACAUGCCUUACAAAUGGGAGGUGAAGAAUGGCAAGGGUUGGUCUGCGCUCCCGGACAACGAGGGCAUCGAGAGAGACUACUGCAACCCAGCCAAGAUUAACAGUGAAGGAAGCGAACCCGUGUGCUUCGACACGAUGGAGCAAGGAACAUCCAAAGUGAGGCGGCUCUCCACUGUGUCCUCUGUGCUCCAGCCCAACUUUGUCCUCACCACGGAGUGGGCCUGGUACUGGGAGGACGAGUUUGGGGCCUGGAUCCGAUACGCUACUGUAGAAAGGAUGCACCGUAUGUCAUCCAUCACCAGUGAGGACCUGGAGCGGAGGUACCAGGAGGACAGCGGCGCUGUUGUCAAAUUCACAGCAGGGCAGCAGGCAUACGAACUCAGCUUCAAAGACAUGGUACAAAGAAACGAAAAGUAUGGCACCAAGAGGAACGUGAGACGGCGACCAGUGUUUGUCUCUUCAGCAGAUGCACAGAAGGCCAGAACCAGCAAAAGACCAAACAAUGCUGCUAAUUUUAAAGCUGUGCCCGGUUAUUGGGAUAAGACUUUGCUCUCUGACACCGAAUACAAGUCAGUCAGUCUACAAAGUUCCACGGAUGAGUACAAGAAGAUACUUGAUCUCUUCAUGAAAACAAUGCGAGGAUACAGGAUUUACAGCAUCGAACGAGUCCAGAACAUGUCCCUGUGGCAAGUCUUCCAGUGGCAGAGAGACCUGAUGAAGAAGACCAGCAGUGGGAAGCACUCUAUAGAGAAGCUGCUCUUCCACGGCACAGAUUCGAAACACAUCAAAGCCAUUUGCCAGCAGAACUUUGACUGGCGGAUCUGUGGGACUCACGGAACUGCCUACGGGAAAGGUAGUUACUUUGCUCGGGAUGCCAAGUACUCUCACAGCUACACAAGCAAUUCAGGAGUGAGAUCGAUGUUUGUGUGUCGUGUCCUGGUGGGCAGCUACACCAAAGGGUGCUCCAGCUACGUCCGGCCACCCUCCAAGGAUGGCGGAGACGUCAACUUCUACGACAGCUGUGUGGAUGACAUCCAUAACCCCUCCAUAUUCGUGGUGUUCGAGAAGCACCAGGUGUACCCCGAAUACCUCAUCCAGUAUGGUGAAGACACACUGCCUCUGCCGACUAUAACUUUGUGGAACAGGCUUUUGAAACCAAUCCCAGGGCAAGACAUGGGCGGUGCCUCCACCCCUGUGUUCUCCAGUCCAGUGAACGCAACACCUUUGGCCAGUGCUUCCACCCUUGUGUUUCCCAGUCCAGUGAAACCAACACCAUCUUACAGUGUCUCAACCAAUGUGUCCUCUGGUCAAGUGAAACCAACACCAUCUUACAGUGUCUCAACCAAUGUGUCCUCCGGACAAGUGAAACCAACACCAUCUUACAGUGCCUGCACCCCUGUUUCCUCCAAUCUAAUGAAACCAGCAACCUUAGCCAGUGCCUCCAGCCCUGUGUCCUCCAGUCCAGCAAAACCAGCACCAUCUUCCAGUGCUUCCAUCAAUGUGUCUUCCAGUCCUGUGAAACCAACACCAUCUUCCAGUGCCUUCACUUCUGUGUUCUCCAAUCCAGUCAACGCAACAACUUUAGCCAGUGCCUCCACCCUUGUGUUUCCCAGUCCAGUGAAACCAACACCAUCUUACAGUGUCUCAACCAAUGUGUCCUCUGGGCAAGUGAAACCAACACCAUCUUCCAGUGCCUUCACUUCUGUGUUUCCCAGUCCAGUGAAACCAACACCAUCUUACAGUGUCUCAACCAAUGUGUCCUCUGGUCAAGUGAAACCAACACUAUCUUCCAGUGCCUCCACCCCUGUGUUUCCCAGUCCAGUGAAACCAACACCAUCUUACAGUGCCUCAACCAAUGUGUCCUCUGGGCAAGUGAAACCAACACCAUCUUACAGUGUCUCAACCAAUGUGUCCUCUGGACAAGUGAAACCAACACCAUCUUACAGUGUCUCAACCAAUGUGUCCUCUGGGCAAGUGAAACCAACACCAUCUUCCAGUGCCUUCACUUCUGUGUUUCCCAGUCCAGUGAAACCAACACCAUCUUACAGUGUCUCAACCAAUGUGUCCUCUGGUCAAGUGAAACCAACACUAUCUUCCAGUGCCUCCACCCCUGUGUUUCCCAGUCCAGUGAAACCAACACCAUCUUACAGUGCCUCAACCAAUGUGUCCUCUGGACAAGUGAAACCAACACCAUCUUACAGUGCCUGCACCCCUGUUUCCUCCAAUCUAAUGAAACCAGCAACCUUAGCCAGUGCCUCCAGCCCUGUGUCUUCCAGUCCAGCAAAACCAGCACCAUCUUCCAAUGCCUCCGUCAAUGUGUAUUCCAGUCCUGUGAAACCAACACCAUCUUCCAAUGCCUCCACCAAUGUGUCCUCCAAUCCUGUGAAACCAACUCCCUUAGCCCAUGCCUCCACCCCUGUCUCCUCCCAUCCACUGAACCCAACACCAUUUUCCAGUGCGUCAUCUCUUUGGUUCUCCGAUGCAGUGGAAACUACAGCUCCAGCCAGGGCUUCUUCUGGGAUCUCAUAUUCAGUAAGAGUUACGCCCAAUGCAGGUCCCACAUUAUUAUCUAAUGAUCUAGAACAGUAUGGUUUUUCUGAUGACUUUCUAGACAUUCCCUUUUACAGCUCCUCCUCAAACUUAGUGAGACCACUGUCCUCAGAUGCCUACUACGCCCCCUCCCAGAGCUCUGCAGGCACCUCUUCAUACACACCCAGUCCCAACUUUGGCACCGUGACACUCACAUCUCAUUCCGGUUCAAGAGACACAUGGCCUGAUCCACCUUCUCGCCUGGGAUCAACUCGACCAGCAGCUGCCACCCCUUUACGCAGUGCAAAAAGUAAGGAAAAAGAUUGCAUACUGCUUUAGUUCACAGCUGUCUACACACUUCAAAUUCACACUGAAACACUUUGCUCUAUAAAGGUAUUAAUGUUGCUUCUUUUUUACUAAGCGCUGUUUCACCGCUCUUUAACACUUGAAUCCA